AUGCCUGUCCAAAGAGCACAGAAAGCAGCAAGGGGAGAAGAGGAGGCUGAAGGCCCUCCUGGAGUAGACAUAGAAAAACACAGCGCAGCACAUCCCGCGUUUCCUUCUUCCUCCCGUGCUUCUCCCUCCGGCUCUUCUGUCUCGGUUUUUCUCUCUACUUCGAUUGGCUCGGCUCUUUCCUGUUCCGAGGCGUCUCCUUCGGACGGCCCGCAGGCGAAAGAGGGACAACAGAGGAAAAACGCGGAGGCCGAGCGUGAACGAGAAAAGAGACAGGAACAGAAACGAACGGCGCCCUUGAGCAUUGUCACCUGGAAUGUCAACAGCAUCGCUUCCCGGAUUCGAGACACUCGCCAGUGGUUUUACUUCUCUAGUUUUCUCCAGAAGGUCAAUCCGGACAUCCUCUGUCUCCAGGAAGUCAAAUUGGCGGCUCAUGGCCCCCCUGGCGCAAAGCGCGGCGAUGGCAUGCCGCGAGACCGAUCGCGGAUAAAGGAGUCGGACAAGGUCAGCAGCGUGGAGGCGCGGGAAAUCAGAGAGGCACUCAACACCCUGCUUCCCGACCACAAGUUGCUCAUCUCGCUGGCUGAUUGGCGAUACAGCGGACAGAUGAUGUUCAUUCGAAACGACCUCCCGGAAGGGCGCAUCAUUCUGGCGGAAUUCAGUCCGUUCUGCGUUCUCACGACGUACAGCCCCAACAACGGCGGCACGCCCAAGUCGUUCGAGAGGAGGCGGCUCUGGGACGAACGCAUGCUCGAAUUCGUGACCCAGUUGAAGAAGCCCCUGGUCUGGGUCGGCGACCUCAACUGCGCCCCAGAGGAUAUCGACCUUUCGGAUCCGGAACAAUUUCGCUCGGUCAUCCACGAAAGUGCCGACGGCACAAUUGAUCCGGACAACAUAGGACAAGCUGGGUGCACAGACGCUGAGCGACGGCGCUUUCGGGCGAUCCUCGAGCGAGGGUGGGACCAGUGCAUGUGUUUGAAAGACUGCUUCGGAGGGUCAGGCCCUCGCGGAAUGCUUAGGGGCCUCGGAAUGCGGCUGGACCACAUCGCGAACUUCUUCGGCUCAGAUCACUGCCCAGUCUUGGUUCGGUUCAAAGAGAAGGAAACGCUGGCUUUGCCCGCUGUGGCGUGCGAGGCAGUGCGUGUCUCUGCUUCCCUGCCUCCUGCAAAAAAGCGACAAGAAGACAGCCGCCUCGACGCGUUCUUCGGAGUGAAACGGCGGGCGCCUGCGCCUGGUGAAGCGGGGCAGAAAAGGACGAAAGCGGAAGAAAUUGUCAUCUCCGACUCCUCUGAUGAGGAGCGGAAAGCGGCGAGCGAGGCGGCCGCGCCGCAGGCGCCCCUCGAGAACACGCGGCACGUGCAGGCCUCUUGA